ACUGGUGAGAACACUAGGUUAUGGGGAGCCCUAUGUCUUAGGUCUUAUACAGAUGGCUCAGUGUUUAUAACCAGUAACCAUAGGAGGGACCAGAUUAUCCCUCUGUUGACUCUUAACCAAAUCUGAAUCUUCUGUCUGUGAUUUCUAGCAAAUAUGAAUGGGGCCAAGACCUCUAGAGUGCAAGAGCAUGGCUUUGAUUCUCAAGAACCAUCAGCAAAAGGACACCCAAUUAGUACCCUUUCAGAUGAAUUCAAAGACAGUAAAAAUAUUGUCCAUAGAUCAGUAAGGAUGGUAAGGAAGUUCCCCGAAGAUUCCGAAGCGAUGUUAGUUGGGAACCGGCAGGCCUUGCUACCAGCAUCACGGACAACAUGUGUUUGCCCUGAGGUGUUGAGCAAGAGUACGCUGGUGGCUAUUGUGAGCUCCCUGGCUGUCUUAGGUUUCUUUUCCACCUUGGUUCUGCUGCUCAUAGCCAUCAUCAUCCUGCGCUUGGUAGAGAAACACUGGAAAAGAGAGAAAAAAGAAAAAAAAGAGAGAAAAGAAUCACUUGCUCCCAAAAAGUCCGUCCCGCCUGUCCCACGCCGUCCAUCAGAGCGCAUUUAUGUGAUGCCAAAAGAGUCUCCUCCAUACAAAACGAUGAAAUCAGUAAUGGAGGCUGAAGAGAGUUCAUAUGUGGAUCCUAAAGAGCUACACCCUGGUCCCAGAAUCCGUGCUGAAGGAACACAGGAGCCAGCCACAUCCACUCCUGAGAAGGCCUACACCAGUAUGAAUUUGGCACCACAUUUUAGCCCCUCUCCAGAGCAUAUAUAUGCAUCCAUUCGUGAACCUUCGACUUCCUAUGGAACUACUGAGGAACCACAGGCUGAAUCCGUGGCUAAUGUGUCUGGUUCCCUUGAGGAGCAACCGAAAGGAAAUGAGGAGCAUUUUUAUGAAGAAAUUAAUUAAGAGGCAGUGCCCCAGUGACAAACAUUGAAGGUGCAAGAAGUUUUUGCUAUGGAAACUUGUACAAGAAAUAUCUCCAGCAAGCUGCGUUCUGCUCAAGAGGCCUUCACAUUAAAACAAUGUCUUUUCUCUUUAAGCCAGGUGCCCUUCAACUUUCUGUCUUCCGGAUAUCCUUUGCACAUGUGUUCAAGGAACAUCAAUGUGUCUUCUUUAUAACCCCUAUGUGUUGUCAUAGGACUAUGAAAAAUGUUUUGGGGGAUACACAUAAUAAUAGUAACCAUCCUUAGAGUUGUUUUAAGGAUUUCAACAAGACAAUCUAUGCAUGAGGUGUUCUUUGAACAUUUGAAACUGUAUAAAUGGUAUGUAUUUCUUACAGAUAACAAAUAGCAUUUUUUGUAGUGACCUGGAGUGAGAAAAUGCCUUCAGCUCUACUUCUUGGGUUGCUAUGGCUACAUUUACAGACUUUUGGAGGCAAAAAUCCAGAGGCUUUAGUUAACCAUUUAGGCCCAAAGGUUCCCCAUAAACUCCUCCCAUGGGAUUCAUUCUUCCGGAGUGCUUACAACUGUAGACUGUGUAGUGCCUUUUAAGAAAUGUAGGUUUCAAAAUGCCAGUCAUUUUUCCAAAUGCACUUGGAGGGAAAAAUAGUUAAUAUUUCAUAAGCAUGGUCAUGAGAUAAAGCAUGAUAUAAAACAUAUCCAUGAUUGCAACAAAUCUUUACCAGAUACAAUUCUUUAGAAUGAAUAAAUCUUGAGAGCUGCUACUCAAAGUGAUAUAUACAUAAAGAGAAAAAUCUCUUUGAGUUUUUUUUCUAAGCAGAUCUAAGAUGUGUUAGCUAUUUGAUUUUUAAAAUAGCUAACAGGUUUUUAACAGGUUUUUAAUUAGGUUUUAAAAUAGCUAACAAAAAGGCAGAAACAAUGUUUUAGUCAUUGCAAAGUAACAUUCUGGGUCGAGAGCUAGUGUUUGGGAGUUUCUCAGUUGCGUACCUCUCACAAUAUACUUGUGUUCUCCAUAGCAAAAUUUGAAAUAAUGCUGUGCAGGUAACUGACUCAUUAUGUCUGUGCUCAUGAUCUCUAACAUUGCUUAAAACUUUUGUUAUACAAGUUAGAAGGUGAAGCUAGUCUUUAUACUGGGCCCAGUCUGUAUGGCUGGAGCAAUUUUUAAAAUAUAUUUUAAUGUGAAAUUUCUGCUUGUUCCAAUUCUCUGAUCCCCAUCCCUGGUAACUCAUUGUUCCUGUUACAGUUUUGUUGUCAUCACUUGCAUAUGUUGGUAUCCUUUAGCAUACAGCUCCCUUUACAGGGUAUUCCCUGAAAAGCUAGGGAAGCAUUGCUGGGUGCAUAGAUCAAUCUUAUCUUUAGCGCAGAGGUCAGUAAAAGCUAGCACAUGAAAACUGAAGCAACAUGCAACAUACAGCCUGCCAUUUCACACCUUGCAUCUGCUUUACUCUGCAGUAGCUAACGUACUAAUUAAUUGUCGCGACUUCCAUGUAGUUCCACAUUAAUGCUACUCUUUCUGUUCUCCUUUUACCACUGCAAAAAGAGGCUCUCCAUUGCUAUUCUGUGGUUUUUUUCUCACCUCGUUUUUGGGGCUGAGGAGAAUUAUUUCUCUCAUCAAUAUUCAUUCUAGUGAAGAAUAAACUGCAUUUAAAGAA